AAGGAUUGACAUCCGAUCAACUCAGAAGGAUGCUUACUUGUCGGAAUUGGAUUUUUUCAAUAAGGUUUCUCAUCCGAGAUUUGUUCCCUUGUUGGGUCACUGCUUAGAGACUGAGAAUGAAAAGUUUCUCAUUUAUAAAGCUAUGCCAAAUGGGGACUUGUCGAAUUGCUUGCACUACAAAAAGACGGUGUCUGAAGAUGAUAAAUUGAAGUCACUGGACUGGAUAACAAGGUUAAAAAUUGCUACUGGAGCAGCAGAGGCCCUGGCUUAUCUACAUCAUGAAUGUAAUCCACCAAUUGUUCAUAGAGAUGUCCAAGCAAGCAGUAUACUUUUAGAAGAUAAAUACGAAGUUCGGUUAGGGAGUCUAAGUGAAGCAUGCCCUCAAGAUGGGGAUACUCAACAAAGCAAAAUUACCCGGUUGCUACGGUUGCCCCAGUCUUCUGAACAAGGCACAUCUGGUUCAUCAACAUCGGUUUGUGCCUAUGACGUGUAUUGUUUUGGGAAAGUUUUACUUGAGCUGGUGACUGGCAAGCUGGGAAUCAGUGCAGCCAGUGAUGCCGAAGCGAAGGAAUGGCUGGAGCAGAUUCUACCUUGCAUUACUAUUUAUGACAAGGAGCGUAUAACAAAAAUAGUGGAUCCAUCUCUUAUCGUUGAUGACGAGGAUUUAUUAGAGGAAGUGUGGGCAGUGGCCAUUGUUGCCAGGACUUGCCUAAAUCCUAAACCUUCAAGAAGACCCCAAAUGAGACAUGUUCUUCGGGCUUUAGAAAACCCUUUUAAAGUUGUAAGGGAAGAAAAUUCCAGUUCUGCUCGGCUUAGAUCAACUUCAUCGAGAGGCUCAUGGAACGCUACAUUGUUUGGUAGUUGGCGUCAGAGUUCAUCCGAUGUAGCAGUAAUUCCAGCAGCCUCUAGUACAAGAAUAGAAAGAGAGAGUAGUUUAAAGCAUUCGGGAACUACCGGCUCGGAGAUUAGCCUCCAAAAUGUUGGUGGUGAUAUGUCAUCCAUAUCUCCAGAACCAUCUGGAGUUGAAGGCCUGAAGUCUUGAAUAUUGGUGAUGAUAUAUCAGGCUUUCCAUUUGUGUUUCUGUUCACUAAUACCACUUGCUCUUAUUGAUUUUGAGCAUUGCAUUUGGUAUUGGAAGGUGCAUAUUGUAUAUUUCUAAGGUCAAAGUUGCAUUCAUAUCCCUUGAACUUUGUCACUUUUCAAAGGGGAUUGGGUUGUUUUUCAUUUUCAGUGGUUAUCAGAGUAAUUUGGUGGACAGAUAGAGAGAUAUGGAGAGCCAGAAGGAGGAUGAAUGCCAUGGUAGAUAAUGCAUAUUUUUUAUUGCUUGUUUUGGAUAGAAACAAGCCACCAUUUUUCCCCUCCCACUUGUAAUUGAUUUUUGAUUUUUUUUUAACCCAUUGUCUGAUCUCUGUUCCUAU